AUGUCAUAUUCAAUGGAAGAACGUACACAAAAUAUACGUAGUCAACCAAAAUCAUUAGUUAUUAAUACACAUGAUGGUAUUAAUUUAGGAUUAAAUACAAGAAAAUCUACAUUUACAGUUGAAGAUUAUAUUUAUCGUGCACGUUUAGCAGAAAAAGCUUUACGUUAUGAAGAUAUGUUAAUACAAAUGAGAAAUGUACUUGAUUUAAAAAAGAAAUUAACUGCUGAUGAAAGAAAUUUACUUGUUGUUGCUUAUAAAAAUGCUGUUACAACACGAAGGACAGCCAUUCGUCAUCUUUCAGUUUAUUGUAAAAAACUUGAUGAAGCAAAAUUAACACAAAUUUGUGAACAAUAUCGGGAAGAAAUUGCUAAUGAAUUAUGGAAUUUAUGUCAAGAAUUACUUACUAUUGUAAAAGAUAUUCUUACACCUAAUGCUCGUAAUGAUGCAGAACAAAUAGCAUUUUAUGAACGUAUGAAAGGUGAUUUUAUACGAUAUGAAAUUGAAAUAGCAUCAUCAAAUCUAAAAGAAUCAUUACAAAAUGAAGCUAAUCAUUGUUAUUUAAAUGCAAAAGAAUUAGCUGAAAAUAAUUUACCAGCAUAUCAUCCUGUACGUGUUGGUAUAAUGCUUAAUUAUUCAGUUUUUUGUUUUAAUUCAAAAUCAAAAGCUGAUAAUGCUUUAAAAAUAGCUAAACAAGCAUACGAAGAAGCUUUAGCUGAUUAUGAUCAAUUACAUAAUGAAGAAAUGCGUCGUGAUGCUCAUGCACUUAUGAAAUCUCUUCAAAAUAAUAUGAAACAUUUUGCUAAAGGUCCUGGUAAUGAUAUUGAAGAAAUAUAA